UGACAACGUUAGUUUGUUUGGGUGCAGUGCGCUGCUCUGGUCAUGCUUGCCGCUUCCUUUGUUGCCGUCCACCCUCCCCUUCCAAAGAAAGCUGUCUGACGAUACGACCGAGACGCGAAAGACCGUUCCCAUCCGGAAGACGACGACAGACAGACGGUCACAACAGACGACCAAGUACAACAACACGUAACCGGUAACCAGCAAUGCUUCAACACCUUAACAAGGAGAAUGCGGUCCUCCACGCACCGCAGCACGGCAAGGCGGACGGAAAGCCUGCAGGCUUGAACACGAAAACGCCCUUUAAGAUCCCGUUGAACGACGAAAACAUUGCCUCGGCCCUGCACCCGAAGACCGGAAAGAAGAGCAUCUUUGCUGGCAGAGAUCCGUCUCUUUUCGUUACUCCAGUCGGCCCACGGAGACAGGCUCUCGCUGGAAAGACCACCAAUGUCAAGGCAAAGAACCAGGGACCCUCGGGUGGACAGAAGACCGGGAAGAAACUCGAUGGCACGCUCAAGCCUCAACUCGUCAUUACCGAGCAAGCGGGAACGGCCGUGUUCGGCACCAACGAUGAGGUUCCUGAGAUCGAAUACAUGGCUCCUGUACCUCCUGAUGCCCCCUUCGUACCCGAGGAUUACGAGGCUCCCGACUAUAGCUCUCUGAAGAAGAAUUAUAUGAGAGGAUGCUACCGCUCGUACCUGGCUGGUAUUGAUGAGAAUGGCAAGAGUGAACUGCAGCGUAGCGUUGAGGCCAGCCAGCGUAUGCUUGACGCGGACCUGGAUGCCGAGACGGAGGAGCUCGAGGCCCAGCUCAAGAGAGGUACUAGGAAGCCCAAGCAGAAGUUGACCGAACCCACGACCAGGAAUACCACGGCACGGUCUGGGUCCAUUACGGCCAACAAGGCCAGACGCACCGAGAGCAUCAUCAGGAAGCCAGCUGAAAUCAAGCGAUCUGGCACAUCCCGCCCAGGGUCCUCUGCAUCGAACUCCCGUCAGAACACGUCGCGGCCCUCGUCCCGCCCUCCUUCGUCUGUGUCUAUCUCACGGCCCACCGCCUCCUCCCACCAGCGCAUGGCUAGCACCACUGACUCGAAGAAGGCGGCGCAGAUGCUCUCGCAGCGUCCGACUUCGUCGUCGUCGAACUCUCGCCCGGAUUCUAGGCUCAAUCGUCAUGCUAGGACGACAUCCACGUCGACUACUACAGCGGCUAAGAAACCGUUUUCCUUCUCUAGUAAACCGGCUGUCGCGCCUUCCAACAGGUCCCGUUCCAGGCCCAGAAGUGUCUCCUCCAACAUCGAUAACCCUGCUUUGAAGAGUACUAUUGGAUACCACCACGGCAGAGAGGUUCGGGAGACCGUCAAGAAGACUGUCAAGCUCGAGUCGACUAUGGAUGCUAUUGAGAGGAUCCAGCGCGAGGACGAAGAAGCCGAGGCGAAUCCCACUUUGCCCCCCAUGCUUCUUGUUCCUGAGAUUGAGGAAGAGGACGACGUGGUCGUGGAGUUCCCCAGUCCCUUGAUCGAAGACGAGGAGGAGUUCUUCAUGACGAUGCUGUAAACGAGCUGCUUUGUUGUACCUGACCGUGAUGUUAUCGGAUCUGUGUAUAACUUUGGGCGACGAUGGUUCGUUUAUGACUGGUUCCGGUCACUGGAAUGACUACCUGUAACUUUGCUUGUUUUGCAUGGCUAAUAGGGAAUUUGAAAAGCCAGUUUGUAAUUUUGGGGUUUGCUUUCAGUGUCGUCUUGCUAGUUUUUUUCUUCCUAUGUUCAUCGGAGUGGAGUUCCUGCUGUCAUUAUAUAUCACUGGUCCCAUCAGAAUUUGCUGAAUGCGGUCCUCAAUUACUGUUAUAACUUUACUUUGAAACCCGUAAGAGA